AGGCAACAUCCCACAUAUUUCCCUUUUCCGAACAGGCCUUGGCUGUGGCGAUCCACGCUUCCAAAAAUAGGUUACUUGCAACCAAGGCAAGCUCACUUUUACUUCCCACACUGGCUGCUACCCUGUCACAACCAUAAACUCUUCUCUAACCAAGGCAAGUCAUAUACAUCUCUGAUCCUGCGCUGUCAACAUGCUCCUGUACUCAACCCAGUAAAGGCUUUGGCCUCGACUGGGACGUCCCUUUCUUUUUCCCAUGACGAUACUGUCUCACCCUAUUGGAUUGCUCCACUGACUCGUCACCUAUCUUCACCACCACUGCCUACUAUGGUGGCAGUGGCAAUGGCAGCAGCCGCAGCAACAUGGUGCCACAGCGUGAUAGAUAUCAAAUCCGCGUCUUGCAGGUGCUUGGUGGAUCUUUUCAACCUUUUCAUUUUAGCAGUUUGCAGAGUGGAGAAACCAGGGAGAGAUGGAAAUCUCUCACGUUUCCACCAUGAAUAA